CCCAUAAGAAAGCCUCAAAUACGGGCAGGCGGCCGCUAGUUGGCUAACGAGAGAGCAGCUUUGUCGUCCCGGGGAUACUUCACCUUGUUAGCGUACCUUCUAAGCCUCAGCCCGGGGAUUCAGAUAAUCCGAUAUACGGCUUCGUGACAACGGGGAAGCGCGGGGUCACCGGAGAGACAGCCUAACCGCUCGGGGGAGAAUAAACUCGCUAGCAUCGCGGGCUAACCCUUUGUCGCCCAAACUCUGCGCAUACGUAGUUUUAGCUCGCCUGCUAACUGCGCUAGCUUCCCGAGAAGAAAGGCCGUCGAGUUGUCCCCGGCAUCAACUACUUAACUGGGGAGCGCAAUCAUCCUGGCAUAUCACGGUUGCCCCUCACUGCCUGGAUCGGAAAACCUUCAAAUCGAAAGAAGAACGGACGUGGAGAGAAGAUGGCCCUGAAGAGGAUCCACAAGGAGCUUAACGACCUGGCCCGUGACCCUCCGGCACAGUGCUCCGCCGGCCCAGUGGGCGACGACAUGUUUCACUGGCAAGCCACGAUCAUGGGGCCUAGUGACAGUCCAUAUCAGGGGGGUGUUUUCUUCUUGACGAUUCAUUUUCCAACAGACUACCCCUUCAAGCCACCCAAGGUUGCAUUCACAACAAGAAUCUACCACCCAAACAUUAACAGUAACGGCAGUAUCUGUCUGGAUAUCCUCAGAUCGCAGUGGUCUCCUGCGCUCACCAUUUCUAAAGUUCUUCUCUCCAUCUGCUCACUCCUAUGCGACCCAAACCCCGACGACCCGCUAGUGCCAGAGAUCGCUCAGAUCUACAAAACAGAUAAUUCGAGAUACACCAAAAUGGCAAAAGACUGGACACACAAAUACGCAAUGUGAUUGCUUCAUUUGGAAAGCUGGAGGAAAAUGUUGUUGCUGGUUCAAACAAAAAAACCUACGGGAUUCAGUUUCACUUUUUCACUAAUUUUCUCUUUUUUCAUUUUUUUGGGGGGAGGAGGGGGGUUAAUCAGUGUCUUGCCCUCUGCUCUUUCCACCUGCGCGCUUAUAAGAAGAUAGUGUUUUCACUCUAGGACACGUGCCAGUUUUCCGUGAAGUUUGGGCUCCCAUUUUUAUACGGAGUUUAAAUAAAGUAAUCACAGUGGUUCUUAACGCUCUGCCUGAGCAUGCACCAGUAAGAGUUGGUGAUGACAUUUGCUCUGCACACACUUGGUAGAAUCUGAUGCGACUGGUCUCCUGAACCCCAUCAGCCCCACGACGGUCCAGCUGCUCCACUGGCUGCAUCCUGUGCGAUUUGAUCAUUACUUUUACUCUAAGCUGGAUUUCUCAAAGCACUUACAGAGAAGCCUGUCUUUUGCCAUAACCUGUAAACUCAGAGUUUUAAAGUUUAAAUUUGGUGAAAUUCUGCUGCCUUUAUAUAUCUACUAUUACUAUAUUUGGUCAUUUGAAAGUGGUAAAGAUCUGAUCUGAGCGAUUUGACUAACUGGUUAGUGGCUCCUGUAUCCUCCCGAACGGGUGUGACGUCUUCUGAUCUUUUAGUAUAGGAAUCAUUACUGCAGGAAAGAAGUGUAUCUUAUUCCACUAUCAAAGUGUGUGUACAGAGAAGCGCAGCAGUAUAUAUCAAUGUUAAGGAAACAAAAUAUUAAAACUUCAAUGUUGUAUUUUAUGCAUGUUAAUAAAGGUAGGCUAUUAUAUCUGAUGUUUCUGCAAAUUAAGGCGAUUGUAAGGCUGAACAGUUGGAAGAAUGUGCAUCCCCUCAAAGGCUUUCGAUUUCUUUUUCGUUCUGUAGAUGAGCUAUUAGAUUUAUGCCCAAUCGAACACUGUCUUCUUGUAGCCCUAAAAUAUUGAUGCAAAGCAAAUGGUUGAUAAUCAACUUGUGGCUCUGUUUCUUUUUAGUUUCCCCUUCAAUAAAGUUACUUGACACCAAUCAGGUCUUGUUUUGUUUAAAUACUAGAGUUCAAAGUCUGAUGCUAAUCUCACAAUUUGUCUUGUUGAUUAUAAAGUCUAUAUCCCUGAUUCAUCCUUUUGAUAAACCUCUUAUGCCUGUAAAAUAAUAAAGAACUAACCGCUGUCUUAAUAAAUCAUUGAAUGUU